UUACAUUUAUGGAAACAUCUAGUUAAAGUGAUCUCUCAAUCGCUUCCUUAGCCACUAUCGAAGCCAUCGACGAUGCCAUUCAAAAGGAUAAGAACCGAUAUGUACGCAAAGGUUAUACACACAUAAUUAAAAUAAGGUUAUGGAUUAAUCGUGGCCAUCUUCAUAGCUCUAUCCACUUAUUUGACAGUUCCUCACAUAAUGUUAUUUGUUCAUUCCUAUCUAGAAGGUAUGGAAGGUAAGAAAUAACAUUAUAUUUUUAAGAAAUUAAAAUAUUCCUACUUGUUUAGUUGAGUACAACACAUCUAAGUUAUGUGAUUGGAAACAUUUACAUGUACAUCAUCUACUCUUUGAAAUUGCCAUUCUUCGAAAGAUAUAAAGUUGAUAAUGUAAUUUAAAAAUAUGAUAAUAUUCUUAGAAUCCUUGGCCUUGGGAAAAGAGCUAGGAAUCAUGGAACAAAACCAAAAAGAAAGUUCUUCUUAAUUGGAUUCUUAAUUCCACAAUUUCCUCCAUCUUGACUAUUGGAAGUGUUUAUGGCGGCCAAAAGUUCAGACAUGAUUCUUCCACCAUCCCAUCCUAUUUUGAACUAGCGUGGCAAAUCGCUUUUUGUAUGAUCGUAGAAGAUACUUCUUUCUAUUGGUUGCAUCGAACUUUACACAGUCCAAGAUUUUACCACAUUCAUAAAAAACAUCACGAAUUCUAUAAUACCAUUAGUGUUGCUGCCGAAUAUUAACACCCAAUAGAAUUUGUACUAACUUCCACAGCCACAGCUAUGGGACCGUUGCUUUUGGGUUCACACAUGCAUCUUUAUACUUUGGGGUUCUGGUACAUUGUGAGAGUAUUUGAAACCAUCGACGGACAUUGUGGCUAUGAGUUCUCCUGGUCCCCCUAUAGAUUAUUACCAUUCUCUGGUUCAUCAGAAUAUCAUCACUAUCAUCAUUCACAUAAUAUUGGCAAUUUCUCUAGUUUCUUCUAUUAUUGGGAUACCCUCUGUGGAACCAAUAAGGAGUACUUCAAUUUCAGAAAGGCAAGAGCAAAUGUAUUCGAUUAUUUUUAUUAUUAAUAGGAAUUGAAAUUAAAUUUUAUGAGGAAAGUUUACCAUUUUACUUAAUAGAAAACCAAAACUUCAUGAAUAUUUUCUAAAUAUUACGAUAGAAUAAAAUCAUAUUAUUAA